CUGAACACCACUAUACUUCAGAACAGCGAGUGUGUUUUUCUCUCAGAAAAAACACACGCAAACCCACUUUCUCUCUCCAAAUUCAAACGUCCUGUUUGGCAAAUUAGGGAUCUGAAAGAGGUCAAGAAAUAUGAGCCGAUACAACAGCGACCCUAACCCAUUCGAUGAAGAAGAAGAAGUGAAUCCCUUCUCGAAGGGCGCGGUUGCUCCGGCAUCAAAGGCACGCAUUCCUCCUUUGGGACAUGAAGCUAUGGGAUUUGGGCACAAUGAUGCAACAGUUGACAUUCCACUUGAUACAAUGAAUGAUUCAAAGAAAAAGGGGAAAGACCUCGCAUCUUGGGAAGCAGAUCUUAAAAGGAGGGAAAAGGAAAUCAAAAGGAGGGAAGAUGCUGUUGCUAAAACUGGCAUUACCCCGAAUGAUAAAAAUUGGCCACCUUUUUUCCCUAUCAUCCAUCAUGAUAUAGCAAAUGAAAUACCCAUCCAUGCCCAAAGGAUACAGUAUUUGGCUUUUGCCAGUUGGUUAGGUAUUGUCCUUUGUCUUGUCUUCAAUGUAAUUGCUGUGACAGUAUGUUGGAUUAGAGGCGGAGGUGUCAAAAUCUUUUUCCUUGCCAUAAUCUAUGCGCUGAUGGGAUGUCCACUUUCAUAUGUCUUGUGGUACAGACCUCUCUAUCGAGCAAUGAGGACGGAUAGCGCAUUGAAGUUUAGCUGGUUUUUCGUGUUCUACCUGAUUCAUAUUGGUUUCUGUAUAUUUGCUGCUAUUGCUCCUCCAAUUGUCUUCCAUGGGAAGUCUUUGACGGGCAUCCUUCCAGCAGUUGAUGUCUUCUCUGACCAUGUGUUGGUUGGGAUUUUCUACUUAGUAGGGUUUGGCCUGUUUUGCUUAGAGUCACUUCUCAGCUUGUGGGUCCUUCAGAAAAUCUAUAUGUACUUCAGGGGGAACAAGUGAGAGAUAAUGUAGGGUUGGAACUCGGAUACAGUUUUUCAAGUGUUGCUGCUUCUCACUUCUCUGGGUGGUUUGGUAGAUUCCUCUUUCUAUUAUUAUAUAUAUGUUCAUUUCUUCUUCCUUUUUUUUUUUUUUUUGUGAGUAACAUAUUCCAAACCCAGGGAGCAUUAUAUUCCAAAAAUUACUGAUAUAUAUUGUGUUCAGCGUCAAUAUGGAAAGAAGAAAUGUCUCUUGUUUUGAUAAAUAA